AUGGCGACGCACAAAGCCUCCUACAUCACCAUUGACGAGUAUGAAUUCCCAAAGGGUAGCAAAAGAGUUGCAACGCUGAUUCUCGCGGGAUUGAUGACGCUAUCUGCCCGAAGGAAAUUCAUCGAACCUCGUUCCAUCAUACACGAUCACCUGCUGGCUCGGAGCAUCAAAGCCACAAGAUACUCCAAACUUGUUCAAGAUGUGAUGUUCUAUGUCCUGUUUGGGAUACAUGGGAUCGAGACGGUCUGGUUUGCCCUGACCAAGCUGAAGAGACACAACGUCGAUGUAUUCAGUCUGCUCGGGUUCAAGUGGCUAGCAACUGUCUUUGCGGGCGGUAGCUUUGCCAUUGCACACUGGGAUGAAGUGGUUGAAAAGAAGGAACUCAAUGUUCUCAAGGGGAUCUAA